CCUCCUCUAGUGGUCGUAGAGACUCCAGUGAGCCAGUCCACAGAGGAAGCAGCAUCAGGGAGGACAGCAGUAAUGACCAUGAGGAGGACUAUCUCUACGAGGGCAGUAAGGAGAUCUAUGAGAGGAAUGAGAAAGUCACAGACUCAUCCCCUGUCCCCAAAACUACUACCACCACUACCACCACUACCACUACCCCAGCCCCCAGUACCCCCCGCAGGGUGUCCCAGAGUGGGGAUAACGAGAAUGUGGACCCCAAGCCUGGUAGAACUAGACCCGGUUUAAUCCCUAGUUCUACGUUCCCCCGACGUCCCAUUUUAGGUCCCAAUGGGAGGGUGAGAUCCCCCCUGCUCACAAACAGGCAGACGGCUUCUAAGUUCCCCUUUAGAGCACAACCAGCACAGAGCACACAGUUAGAUUCCUCUAACCCACACACAUCCCCUUCCUCUUCUUCCUCUUCCUCCUCUAGUCUGCCAGAGCCAGACCGCAGGGUUAACGGGGGCACUAGUGUUAGCACUGGAGGCUCCCCCCCUUCCCUCUCUCUCCCCUCCCUCAGACAGACCUCCUCUAGUGAGGGUUCCCAUGGUGACAGCCAGGGGUCUCAAGACUCCUCCUCCUCCUCAUCCUCAUCCAGAGACUCUUUGGGGGGGCAGGGGACGAGGAUGCGCUACCCCAGUCGGUCAGACCCCUUCCUCAGGGGUAAAACCCCCAGCGGAGGCCUCAAGCCUGGUAACGGAAAUGGUAAAAAUGGCCGCCCCAAUCUCACAGUGACCAGUGACAAAGAGUCCAGCACACCUAAUGACAACACUAAACCUAAUGGACGAAGGUACAUCACUGGGCCUGAUGGAGCCAAAUGGGUGGUGGACUUGGAUGAGGGGGUCCUGAUGAACGAGAAUGGCAUGGUUCUCCAGGACUCUCAGGGCCGACCCAGGAGGGUGGUGCUGGGAGAGGACGGACGCACCAUCUUUGACCACCAGGGCAGCCCAUUGGUGAACCAGGAGGGUCAGGCUCUGUUCGGUCAUGGUCGGGAGAGCCAACCAUUGGUCAACCCCAAAGACAAGUUCCUGACCGUGGGUGGCAAACCCGUCAUUGGCCUGGACCGGCCUAAACCCAGGACCACAACCACAACCACAACCAGAACUCCUACUACGACCACACCUGAACUAACCACGCUCCCAACCACCACUGAAAUGACCACAGAGGAGACCACGACCAUGCUGGUGUUCCCAUCUUGUCCUCCAGGAACGUUUUUGAUCAGGGAUGAGAAUGGAUUCCCAAUGCUGGAUGCUGAUGGUGUCCUGGACUGUUAUCCUGAAGAUGAGUUGUUGUGGCAAACCACCCUGCUCCCCACCCUGCCCCCUACCACCACAACCACCCCAGACCCCCCCACCCCUGAACCAGAGAGCAGGCCCUUCAACAACAGCCCUUCCAAUGAGUUCGACCUCACCGGGAAGAAACGUUUCACAG